AGCCCUAUUGAAAAAAAAUGGAGUAGACCAAAAUUCAAGAUGGCUGCGCCCACCAAUGAACCGAUGGAGCACGUGGGAUCACAGAAAAUGACCCAAACCCAAAGAAAAGCAGUGAUUUUGAACAUCAAAGAACACGAAAAACUCUUUCUCGAAAGCAGGGAGCAUUCUAACUCCUUGGUGGAAUUAUUGGAAAUUGUUCAGUCCGAUGACAAGACAGUUGCAACUGCAGCAGUCAAAAGUCUCCACAAGAUAUUCUCCCGGUUGCUCAGUAAAGAUGCGCUGACCUCUGACACGCCGAGGACGAAGUCCAUGAAGGGAAACAGGGAGACGAGAGAGGCUACUGUGAACCCGGAGGAGCAGUACAAGGCCUGGCUGCAGGCCAGGUACCAUGACUGUCUCAGGUGCUUGGCGCGGGUGAUUGACACCUUCACAGAUGCGCCUGCACUUCAGGAAAUAACCCUGUGCAGCCUCAUGAAGCUUCUCCAAACUGAGUCCAACCACCCUCUAAGGAAGAAGGACUUGGAUGGAUACACAUUCCCCAUCAGUGUGUUGGCGCAUGUUGUUCCCAAGCUUCUCUCUAAGGACACAGACAUGAAGGACUUGAUUGGCCGGUUCCAGGAAUAUCUGGAGUAUGAUGACAUCAGGUUCUACGCCCUGAGCCAGGUCAGACAAUACCUGGGCCAAAUUGUCAAGAAAGACGACAAACAGGACCUGACUGUACUCUGCAACAACACAUUUGCCCUGCUAGAGCAUGUUACCAUGCCGACAGCGGGGGAGGACAUUGGCAAUUUCAUGUGCAGAGCUCCAGGGGAAGAUGAGGAAGUCAAAGUGACGUCUCUUAAGAACCACCGGAGACAUUUCAGUGAAUCCUGGCUGGUCUUCCUCAGUCUUACCUUACCCCCAGCCAUCUACAAGAAGGCGCUGGUCAUUCUCCACGAGGUGGUCAUGCCUCACAUGUCAAACCCACUCUUGCUGACCGACUUUCUGACCAUUUCCUAUAACAUCGGAGGUGCCAUUAGCCUACUAGCUCUCAAUGGCUUGUUUAUUCUCAUCACCAAACACAACUUAGAGUAUCCAGAGUUUUACAAGAAGCUGUAUGCAUUGUUUGAGCCAGGCAUCUUUCACGUCAAGUACAGAGCACGCUUCUUCCACUUGGUGGAUCUCUUCCUCAGCUCAACGUACUUGCCAGCUUAUCUAGUGGCUGCCUUUGCCAAGCGACUCUCCCGUCUAGCUCUGACAGCACCCCCUUCAGCCCUGAUGCUGGUCAUCCCGUUCGUCGGCAACCUGCUGCAUCGGCACCCCAGCUGUCAGGUGAUGGUGCACCGACCCGACGGUCCAUCCGAACUGGCAGAUGACCCUUGUAUAAUGGAUGAGACAGACCCUGCCAAAUGCCGUGCCAUGGAAAGCUCACUAUGGGAGAUACAAACUCUCAAAUCCCACUACCACCCAGGGGUGGCCACAGCAGCUGCAUGGACCGACAGGCCCCUCCCUAAGGAAGAGUGGGACAUCUCAGAACACCUGGAGUUGUCUACUGCAGAGAUGAUUGGCUCAGUGACGAAUAAGAAGAUGAAGGCAGCUCCUGUUGAGUUUGAACCUCCUAAGGGACUAUUCGGGGACAAAGAGGAUACCUUUGCCAAGCUUUGGGCUUGUGACUAAAAAGUCAUUCUCUUCAUUCAUCAUUUGCCUUCAACCUUAAACUAUCCGAAGUCUUUCAAACCCAUCAAUGAAUCUUACGAGAUUUUGAUGGUUUAAAGACAAUGGACUGCAUUCUUGUGCAUGGGCAGAGAUUUCUUGUCACAAGUGGGAGGGGGGAGGAUUUCUGAAAGCUCAGCACGGCCUCCAUCCCAGGUGAGAUCAUGAUGCUGGUAAGUGCCAAGUCUGGAGGUGCAGGCUAAGUGUGGGCUUAGUCAGUGACUUGAAAAGUCGGGGGGGGGAGAUUAUAUUCGUAAUUCCCCCCAGGUCACCCUCAUCUCCCUUCAGGGUCUCCGCCCAUGUUCUUGUGUCCGCCAUCUUGAAUUAAAAGUGAGGCAACGUUAACUUUUUCAAAACCUGUGAUUAAAAAUAGCCGGAACAGACUAAACGUUUAUUAUAAAUUAUCGCCACUUUACACUCAGAAUGAUUAUAAUUUGUGAUAAAGUAACAAUAACAGAACAAAAUUACAUUGAAUAUGAUAGAUUCAGGGAACACAAUUGAAAAUGGUUUCCCUGUGAAUAAGGUCCAGUCGUUAUUGCUUUCCAAAGGGGCUUAAAGAUGAAAGUCGAAUUUGUGUUUGUGUUUUAAGGGGCCAGUCAAAUUAGCAAGGUUUCUUUAAUGGCCGUAAAGUUCUUCAGUGUUUCACCUCCCCAAAACAUGUUACAGUUUUGACUAUGUAUACAGGCAUUAGUUUGAAUGGACUAAUAGAGUACUUUGUGUUCUUUACAAAGUUGUAUUUCCUUUAUAAUGUUGAAAAAUGGACAGAUCAACCCUUUACCUGUCAGUUUUGACUUGAAAAUGAACAUUGCUCUUCAUUUCAAAACAGAAAUCAUUCUUUGGUCUCAAUCCAGUUUCUUACUGAAGAAUAGGUCAUGGAGUGCAUAAUACAUGGGAAAAUGUAAAACCUUCAAUUCUUCUGAUGUGACAAUUACUUAAACAGCCUCCUUUUUACCGUGUUUUGUGCCUAAAUGAAUUCUUUGCCAAUCGCUCCAAUGGCCCAGAUUUCAUUUAAACUUGAGACCUACUAAACACUUCUCAGUUCUCAUGAUUUUGUUGUCUAGUGUUCUUCAUCCCUUGAUGAAAUAACCUGACUGGUCGUUGAUGGUGAAUAUAUAGGGCCAAAUUCCAAAGUGCUGCUAGGACACAUUUUUUGGCUUACUGCGUCUGUGCACGUUUCACAUUGGUCUUUUUUCAAGUCACUGAUUUGUUAGGUUCCUAGUUUACCAUUGAAACCAAUUGAAAAUUUGCAAAACAUAUCUUUGUAUAAAGUGCAAUGGAAUACAUCUGUGGUAGAACUUUCAGUUGCAUUGAGGUCGGAGGGUGUCAGGUCAAGAAACUAAACUUGAAGUCUGGAAUAAAAGCCGAGCUGAGAUUUGGAAAGCCCUCAUAGACUCAAGCAGUAAGUGCAACAAGGAGCACCGAUCAAAGGCAGAAUUUCUGUAAAUAUUUUUAUAAGCACAUCUCUUCUGUAAAAUGCUCUAAAGGGUUUAUUGUCCUUAAGGUGAAAGUGAAAGCAUAAGGGAAUCACUUUUGGCAAAAGUGAAUGUCACAACCAAAAGGCAGUGCAGACUUUGUCAAGAUGUUGCUUUCCCAAGAAGUGUUAACUUGCUCAAAGAUCACACCGCAAUUUCUCUGCUAUGCUUAGGACGGGGCAUCUGGUAACUGUUGGAGAAUUCUGUAGAAUUGAAUCCUUUGCACUGUUAAUGUCUGGCCUGUCUUGGACAUUUGUAUGUGACCCACCACUAAACAUAGCCUUGAUUACAGUUUCUUAUUUUUGUCUAUAUUAUUUGACUUUUUGAAAGAUAAUCUACAGCUUUCUUUACUGUGUGUUGGGAAUUGCUAAUUAAUCCUGAAAUAUCGGGUGGCGAACAAGGAAGUUUCAAAUAAAGUGUAGAAAUUGAGAAGCCAA